CAGUGUUGGGGGACACCAAGGACGCGGUACGGGAGGCAAUCCAAGCAGACCUGGGGGUGAAUCCUGCGACAUAUCUGAGAAGGAGAGGCAGGCCAGGGCCGAGGCCAAAGCAUCAGGGGUUCCUCGGGCACUGACAUUCACUGACAAGAACGCCAUGCUGCAUGCAGUAGAAACAGUGCAUGGACAUUUGCCAGAAAGGGAAACACCCUCCAGUGAUUAUCUGUCCCAGAAGCUAGAGGAGAUAGAGCAGGGAGAGUUGGUGGCGUCGCCCUUGGACGAGCUGGGGAACAAAGAAGAAGCGCUCACCAUGUCCAUCCAGAGCUCUGUGGAUAGCAGUGGCAGGUUGAGGGUGACACGAGAGCGGAAGAAGUCCAAGCUCCCGGCGAACUCAGAGGAACUGAGGUUGAAGUUGAAAGUAGAGUGCAACACAAUGUUAAUGCUUGGAUCGAAAUUCAAGACACGGACGUGGUUUCAGAACCUGACACCGAGCACCUUUGCCAAAUUUGGAGAUUUUCUUUUGGGUGAGAAGGUCUAUGCGCUUCCGGUGCCUUCAGGACAUGGAGAAGAAUCCAGGCCUUUGCACCCACCCUGGAAUAUUUUGCUAAAAUAUGAGCAUGCGGUCAGGAAGGAGGCAUAUAAAUUGGCCGUGAGAGAGAACAUCAGCAUGGUGCAGAGUUUCCCACGGGCUAUGGCGGACUCAGAGCUCAAGGAGGUACACUUUGUUUCACCAGUCACUCUUGCAACUGCGAGGUCGGGACAGCAAAGCAACGCAGCAAUGGGAUCCCCUCAUUUUCCAGGCACUCACGGACAACCGUGGAAAUAUUUCAAAGGUGGUCCCUCGGUUAAGGGAAAGAAGGGCCAUGGUAAGGGUAAGCUGGGGCGACCGGACAACAAGUUUGGUUUCCUGUAUUCAGCCACCCCUGACGGACGCCCUAUUUGCUAUGAGUUUCAGAAAGGUGACAAAUCAGCGUGCAAGGGAUGCCAGCGAGUUCAUGUGUGCCAAAUCUGCUUGAAAGGAGGCCACGGCAGGGACAACUGCCGUUUCAAGCCAGCAGCACGCAAAGGGGGAGGCGGUGCUGCGCCGCCGACCCAACAGGAAUGACAAAGCAAAGGGGAGGAGCGCCAUGGGCCCGCUCCUCUGACCGCCCCUGUACAUGGCCCACUUGCACGACCGAAAUUUCGUUUGCUGUACAUGUUUGCCGGAGGUGAGAGACAUGCAGAUAUACGGUUUUAUUUGGAGCAGUUGUGCGGCAAUGAUGGUUUCAACCUUUGCAUGCUUGAGCUUGAUUUCUUGCGAAACCCAACGCAUGAUUUGACCGCUGAUGACCUCUGGUUGGAUUUGUCAAACAAACUCCAACAGAAACAUUUUGACGCGAUUAUCGCAGCACCACCUUGCAACACGCACUCACGUGCGCGGCACAACGUUUGCCAGCCAGGGCCUCGCCCGUUGCGGUCACAGGAUUACCCACUGGGUUUUCCCUGGCUAAACACACGCGACGCUCACAAAGCACAAGCAGCAAAUUUGCUCAUUGAUCGCUCGCUUGCAGCGUGUUCUGUCAUGAUUUCAUUGCAGCGUGUUUUUCUGUUGGAACAUCCAGAACAGCUUGGAAUUUCAAACGGACUUGUACCUGCAAGUAUUUGGGAACUCCCAGCGUUUGGUACAUUGUUGGACGAGGGUGCCUGCACAGCUGCCAUAUUUCAAUGCACGUUCAAUGCACCGACCUCGAAACCGACCAGGCUAGCAGUGUCGCAUGAGAAAUUUGCAGAUGAGGCAGGUUUGUUGCAGUAUAAAGGCAUGCCGCGAUUGAGGGCAGACGGCACCUACGCGGGCCCUCUCCCAAAAACAUGCCCUCAUCAAUCACAUCAAGACUCACUCAUUGGGAAGAUGCCAGAUGGCUCCUGGAGAACCACACCAGCAGCCGCGUAUCCUCCAAUGUUGUGCAAAGCUAUGGCAUCGUAUUUAUGGCAUGCUUUCAAAGCGACUGCUCCCUCCUUGUCUUCGAAGGGGGAUGAGGGGGAGGAGGAGCAGACAGCGGAGAUGGAGGAGGAAGAGAACGAGUUGGACAACAAGCAAGUGCAGCGAAUGUUGAGUGAGCAGAUUAUUUGCAAGGAAGACCUGGCUUUUCAUGGCAGACUGGAGGGUGCGGCCAAGCAUAACCGGGGUUUGCCGAUGACUUGCAAUUGGCAGAAUCGGAAGAAGUCAUUUGCCGAUGGUUUCGGACUAAAUUCACCGGGCCGGUGGAGGCCACAGGACAGGGGCAUGGGCCUGAGCGGAGAUGCGGGGCGGUUCACUGACAGGUUGGCUUUGGUUGUGCGCACUUUUGUUUUGAAGCAUGUGAGAGAUCUGGCCAGGUCGUCGUUCCAGCUUGCGACUCGGAACAUGGGGUCCCCACCUUUCAGCGAAGAGCAGCUCUCGGAGUUGAGAGGGGAGUGGUUUAAGCUCCUGCCCAAGGACCCAAGAAUGGCAAGGGUGGAGGAACAUCAGCCCUUUUAUUUGCAUGCGUUGGCAGCCACGCUGAGAGAGAUGGGAGAUGAGGACCACGAGAUUAUUGAUCAACACCCGGGUGACAAUUAUGUGUUAGGGCGCAGGGUGGGGGUGGAGACGCCCAUACCACGAGCGCCGCUGGUUUUCCGGCCCAGGCUGAAAUCUCAGAGGUACGAUGAAUCUUCGUUUCGGCCCAUCUCAGAAAACUACUCCUCAGUCCAGGAACAUGAGCAGAAGAUCCGGGAGCAGUUUGCCGAGGAGGAGAGGCUGGGUUUCGUUUACCCACUUUCCAACAAGGUAGCUGAGCAGCGGUUUGGGGACAGACUGAGAGUAGCCAGCUUGGCCGCCAUUCCGAAGGACGGCUCUGACGCAGUGCGAAUUCUGUUUGACGGAACGCAUGGGGUUCAGGUCAACAACAUGAUACACUAUGAUGAUCAGCUUGAGUUUGUCACCCCUGCCGAAAUUGCAACUAGCAUGGAGGAGUCGCAAAGCGAUGGAACUGCAGUUGUGUUUGAGGUAGGGGGCGAUAUUUCGAAGGCCCACCGACGGUUUAGACAUCAUGAAGAUGACCAUGGGUAUCUGUGCUGCCGAAUAAAUGCCGCUGACGGGGUGACCUGGGUGAAUCGGGUCGGCACCUUUGGGGUCGCCUGUGCUGCGCUGCAUUUUGGUCGACUGAUUGGCGCAGUGGGCAGAGUUGUCAUUCGACUGCUAAAACGGCAACCAUGCUGGCAGUUGAUCUUUGCUGAUGAUGUUAAAUUUUCGGUGUGGGGAUCUGCAAAGUUUCUGAACCUAUGGGUUCUUUUGGCGGCAUGGAUGAUGUUGGGAGCACCGAUGACUUGGGCUAAGUUCAGAGGAGGCUUUGCCCUGGAUUUCGUUGGAUUCUGGAUUGAUUGCAAGCGAUUUGAGUUGGGCCUUAGUGAAAGCCGUACACGCUGGGUGGUCGCUGUGGUGGAGACGGCCGAAGACAACCAAUGGCAUAUGACGGGGCGUGCCUUUGCAGAAUUUUUAGGAAGGUUGGGUUUUGCCUCGCAAGCCAUUCCUUGGAUUAGACCGCUGCUGGCGAUAUUCUACCCUUGGGCGAGGGUGGCGCCCACUUUCCAGACACGGCGCUUGCCCAACAUGGUUGCACUGGUCAUGCUCCACAUUAAGCAGCGACUCUUAGCAGGUAACAACCUCUCUCCUUGCUGGUCACCCAAGUCUGGAGGUCCUGAGGCGUUCAGGGUGGACGCCAAAUGCAUCAGGGGUGUGAUCACGCUGGCAGGUUGGGAAACUACGGGGAGCCAAGUCGACCAGGCACGUUGGUUCAGCUUUGAUGUGUUGCCGAGUCAAGCUCCGUGGUUGUUUUACAGGGGUUUGGAUGUACAGAAAAUGAGCACGGCAGCCGAGAUCCUUGCGGCCUAUGCAGGUUUGUUUGCCUUUGGCUGGUUGGGGCCCAAGGCGACGCGGAAGCCGGCAGGAUUGUCUUUGCUGUGCGCGGGAACGGAUAACCUGGCUAGUGAACAUCUAUCGCGGAAGCGGCUGACAACAAAGCAACCCACUGCGCUGAUUUUGAUGCAGCUUCAGAGCAGCGUCUGGGAUGCGGGUUUCUGGUUUGAGACCAGAUGGAGGCCACGGUCAGAGAACCAGGAAGCGGACGAUCUGACUAACAAAAAGUUUGAUGCAUUCCUGCAGAGUUUGCGGGUUGAGUUGCAAUAUGAAGACCUGGGGCUUGGCUUGGUGCAUGAAUUGCAGUGCCAUUUAGAAGCGCUGGAGCAGGACCUGGUGCAUCACAAAACCACAAGGGACUUGACUCAGCGAUUGACCAAGAGGGCCAAGAUGGAAACCCGUACAGAGUGGUGAUUCGUUCUGCGAAGGGGGGAUGGCGAAUCACCCACAUGUGUGGGUGCGGACGUAAGCCAUUAAGGAUGUAAAUGGCACGGAAGAAAACCCCGGGGCCGUGCCUAAGGCAGGGCCCUCGCAGCGGAGGCGGUUCACCGCCUGACAAAAGAGCAGGUGAGUGUGUGCGACUUUGCAUGUACUUUGUGCUUCCCCCUUUUUAAUGCCUGGAAGACUUUUGGGGGACUUUUAAGGGCGGUCUCGGUUGAAGGAGUUUUGGGGUGGUCCCCUGUUUGGUGUGGGGUUGGUUUUGGUCAACCGACCGUGUCCCCGUUUAAGGUUAUCUUGCCGUGUUGGCUUUUUCUUGGCCUUGGCUCAAACCUUCCCACUAUGGCAAGCCCCUGAGGGAGAGCCAUUGUGUGGUAAGGGGCCCCGGAGGAACAAAUUGAUUGGGCUCGCCCAAGGUGUUUGUUCCAACUGGGGUAUUGUGCUCCCAUUUUUGAAAUGGCGCGUUAAGCGUUGUAGGAGUGUCAACUACAUCUUUGUGAGCCGAACACAAGGCUUGCAUAGGGCUUGUGGCGGUUGUCUGAUUAUGUUACAACAAUUUUUAACUGGUGAUGUGCUCGAACAUUUUUCUUGUGAAACAGGAAUCGGAACACACAUUGCAUUUGAGCAUGCGUGAAGCAAGCAUUAAUGAAUACCAUGGGCAGCCAUUGCGGAUCAUUCUUUGGCUCCCUCCCAAUCACUGCGUUACCCUCCCUUUGUUCUUCGGCAAAUUUCCGCCUAGGGGGGGAUGGCGAAUCACCCACAUGUGUGGGUGCGGACGUAAGCCAUUAAGGAUGUAAAUGGCACGGAAGAAAACCCCGGGGCCGUGCCUAAGGCAGGGCCCUCGCAGCGGAGGCGGUUCACCACCUGAC